AUGGCUGAUACCCUGAAACCCCCCACUGCCGGUUGGCGCAUUCCUAAGGCCUGCCAGGAGUGUCGAAAGCGCAAAAUCCGUUGCAAUGGAUUGACCCCGUGCAAAACAUGUCAGCAACGAAACACUCCCUGUGUCUACAGAGAUGUCAUUCGGCACCGAAGGAAAAAGAAUGAAUACCCACAGUCUGAUACUGAGGGAAGACAGCCCCGUCAAAUCUCUCCGCCAGUUCCUCAAUCGUUUAAAUCCGGGGGUCCCUCAAUGAUGCUCGAGUUCCCAAACAGUGUAUCGGCGACCCAUAUGGCUUCGCCUUCAUGCCAGAUGCAGCUAUACUAUGGCCCAACCUCCCAUUUUUCACUCAUGCAGCAUAUCUACCGCGAUCUUGUCUCUACUCCAACCAUUCAUCCUGCGCCUUCGGGUGAAGUUGAAGAGGCUGGCGCUGGCCUAGAUUUGUUCAGCUUCCGGCGAAUCUUCUUUGGUACUCCCGAUACUCAUGACCUUGGCAAGUCCGCCGCCAUUGGCGACAUACCUAUGAUGUUCUUGCCAUAUGAGCUAGCAAAGCUCUUUCUCUCGCGAUUUUUAACCCACCUUUACCACAUGUUGCCCCAUCGACCCAAGUCCUACUAUGAACAAUGUCUGGAGAAGCUCUACAACCCAUCCCCUACGAUUCACCCCGAUACUCUGACUCAAGCCAUCGUCUUGAUCGGUUUAGCAACGGGCUCAUUAGGCACGGAACAUUAUGCAUGGGGCGACGUGCUUUUUGAUCGUGUCAAGGUGUCGCUGGUUCAAUACGCCAAUUACCAGAAUGAACAAGGUCGCCCUAAUUCCGCCUUCUUGCAUCUUGGGACAGCCGCCCGCAAAGCUCUUUCUGCUGGUUUGCACAAAGACGUCCCUCACGGGGACUCCCAAGACCAGGAGACCAUUGAAGAACGCCGAGUCACAUUCUGGUCUCUCUAUGCUUUUGAAACCUGGUUCUGCUUUCACGUCGGCCGACCGAGCUCAUUGUCCAUAAAAGAUGUUGCUACUGAGUAUGCAAAAGAUCCAUUUAUUCGACUCUUGGCUGAGCUUUGCAAAACCGUUUCUCGUUCCGGCAAUGAGAUAUACGGUCAAAGGCACGAGUCAUUGUUGCAUAUGUGGAAAGUCGCCCGCUCAAUCACUCACGACCUUCGAGGCCACGAGGUUCAAAUGCAGCAGGCGCUAGGAUUUGGCCUCAAUGCGGGCAUUCAAUCGGGAUCUCUCGGUGUUCGCCAAACGAUAUUUAUUACUUUGUACUAUCAUACUCUCCUUCUGACUAUCCGCCCCUUUUUAAUAUUCCGUGGCCACUGGCAGCGGGACAUGAAAAUGUCACUUCAACAGCCCAAUGGGGGCUCUGCCAGUCGCCCGACCGAAAUGCCAACUUGGUUGAACGAAGCUUGCAAUCACGCCCUGACAGCAGCGAGGAAAACCAUCCAUCAUCUGUGUGAAGCGUCCCGCAGUAAUGACUUUGUCAAGCAAUUACGAUACCAUGGAUAUUUCCUCGGCAGCUCCGCGUUCACCCUCAUAUACGACCUACUUCACGACCCAAGCACAGCAACAACUCACUUACCUUGGAUAUACGCCACUCUCCAAAAUCUAUCCACAAUGCGAGAAGGCGAUCCAAUUAACAGCACCAUCUCAGCCAUCCAAACAACCCUACGCAAAAUCAGCCCGGCCUACGAGUGGUCACCCUACCCAAAAGCCGACGAAAGUUCCACAUUGCCCUCACAAAACCCAGCAUCCGUCUCUCAACCUAUCAGCAACAUCGACCACCAGGCAUGGGUAACUCCAGAUCCAUCAGUCCCCCAAAGACCCUUCUUCAACCAACAACCAGACCUAUCAUCACCACAGUGGAAUCUUCCAUUACUCGAGGGACCGGAAACGGGGGGUUCGGGAGGUUCGAGUGAUGAUCUUUUGGAUUUCACACAGUCCGACAUGGGCUGGAAUUUUGAUUUUUCGACUAUGGACUUGGAGGCAUUUUUCUCAACGUAUCAGGCUGCGGAUCCUGCGUUUCUCUAA